AUGGACCCGGUCGCGGAGAUGAAGAGGAAUAGGUUUCCCAGCAUGAACUUUGAAGCAGAGAUUCUGACAGCUCCACACGAUAAUUCAGAGCUAUAUGUGAUCCCUUCCAUGAGAAGUCUCACGGCCGAGGAGUAUGUAGAAGCUUUUAAGUCAUUUUUGGAUCAUUCAACAGAGCACCAGUGCAUGGAUGAGUUCAACAAGGAAGAAAUGCCCGACAUCAUGGCUGGUCUCGGCAACGGAAAAUCGACUAUAAAUGUUCUGGGAGUCGGAAGUGGCACAGGUGAGCAGGAUUUGAAAAUGAUCAGGAUCCUGCAGGCUGCACACCCGGGCGUCUUUAUUGACAACGAAAUCAUAGAGCCCAACCCACAGCACGUGGCAGCUUACAAAGAGUUGGUGAAUCAAGCUCCAGACCUGCAGAAUGUCUCUUUUAUUUGGCACCAGCUCACUUCCUCGGAGUAUGAACAAGAGGUGAAAGAGAAAGGUGCACAUAAGAAAUUCGACUUCAUCCAUAUGAUCCAGAUGCUGUACCGUGUGGAGGAUAUUCCCAAUACUAUCAAGUUUUUCCACAGCUGCCUCGACCAUCAUGGUAAACUCCUGAUCAUAAUUUUAUCAGACAGUAGCGGAUGGUCCAGCUUAUGGAAGAAGUACAGACACUGCUUGCCUUCCACGGACAGCGGCCACUACAUCACCUCCAACGGCAUCACGGAUGUUUUGAAGAGACUGGGUGUUGAAUACCGUGUUUAUGAGUUCCCAUCGGGCUGGGAUAUCACCGAGUGCUUUAUCGAGGGGGACCCGGUUGGAGCCCGCAUGAUGGAUUUCCUGACUGGGACAAAAAACUUCCUGGGCACGGCCCCCCCGGGGCUGCGGCAGCAGCUGCAGGAGGCUCUCUGCCAGCCCGAGUGCAGCAGCAAGAAGGACGGGAGGAUCAUCUUCAGCAACAACUUGAGUAUGAUUGUGGUUGAAUCCUAG